AUGGCACAACCACCAACGAAAGUAAUUCUGCUCACUUCAGACAACGAGGAAUUCCAAGUCGACAAGGACAUCGCUGAGAGGUCUGUACUGAUCAAGAAUAUGCUUGAGGACAUUGGUGAAAGCGAACACCCAAUCCCGCUCCCAAACGUAACCUCAAACGUCUUCAAGAAGGUCCUUGAGUACUGUGACCACCACAGAAACGAUCCACUCCCUUCCACAGACGACAACUCGGACGAACAGCGCAAACGUACAACCGAUAUUAACGAAUGGGAUCAGAAAUUCAUCCAGGUCGAUCAGGAGAUGCUCUUUGAAAUCAUCCUCGCUGCCAACUACUUAGACAUUAAGCCAUUGCUCGACGUUGGCUGCAAAACAGUCGCUAACAUGAUCAAGGGCAAAACCCCUGAAGAGAUCCGCAAGUUAUUCAACAUACAAAAUGACUUUACUCCAGAAGAAGAGGCGCAGAUUCGCAAGGAAAAUGAAUGGGCUGAAGAUCGUUGA